AUGCAUGGUGGCCUCAAUGGCUACAACAUGUUGCGGUCACCCCUCAGAGGAGUGUUGCUCGCAAGUGAGGUCGGCACUGGUAAGACGUUGAUUUACGGUACCGUCCUCCUGAUGGAGUACUAUCGUCUCAAGGCACUCGAGGCAAACAAGCAGCCGGUCAAAGCGUAUCCGAGCAUCAUUGUCAUGCCUUCGAGCCUUGUCGCCCAGACCUUUGCCGAGUUGCACAACACGUUUCACGAUCUUAGGUUCUACGUGUGGUACGAUACCGCUGGCGGGGUGUCUACAAGUGACCCGCGGCGUGAAAGGACACUGACACAAGCGACAUUCGACGCCCUAAUGGACGACUGUAUUCGCAACCGACACUCGUCGGAAACAGCACAGGUUGUCGUUAUUGCAGCCCAUACGACAGUCACCUCUAGAUGGGCAAAGCAGAGCACGGAUUUCAGCCGUCUGGCCUUCAACGAGCGCAUCGCUUCCCCUCAGCCAGAGGCACCUUCCCCGGCCAAACGCAAGGCCGACCGCUGUGCUCCCGGGUGUGUACCUCGGCUCGACGACCUCCCGGGGAUCGCCUACGUGUCCGAUGAGCUCUUCAACGUCGUUCCGUCCAUCUCGGCCUGA